AUGCCAAAGAAAGCAAAAGGAAAGGGUCCAUCUAUUGAAACCAACCCUGAGGUGGUAUUCAAGCACACUGGCUUUUUCCCUGGCGACAUCAUUGCGGCUCCCUUCGGUACAGACUUCGAGCUCGUUGGAGUCGAAGUGAAGCAGAUGUGGCCGUCUGGCGAUGCAGGACAAGAGAGUGAGACGGAGUCAUCUCGCCCUGCCGUCGCCAUCAAGGCGUUCGGGCAGCUCAAGUCUGGCAUGCAGAUUCCACUGCGACCAACAACCCCCGACGAGUUCGCAGAGAUGGGCUAUAGCAGAAGACACGAGGCGCUGCACAUACUGCGAGACACGCAGCGGCAUCAAGAGAAGUUCCAGGAGCUGUUGGAGAACACUUUGCCCAAACCUAAGAAAGAGAAACCUGCAGGAGAUGGGAAGGAAAAGGGGAAGAAGAAGAAGUAG